AUGAUGGAAAUUAUUCCUUUUGAUAUUUCUUCAACAAUUUAUUUGGGACAGUGUAAUAGUUAUAAAAACUGUUCAAACAGUGAAAUCUGUUUACAAACACAAAAUUCUUGCACAUGUGAUAGUAGUCAGGAAGAAACAAUAUCACAGGAAACUCCCAUUAUUGAUCAGACAGUUAUUUAUGCUUUUAAAAACUUAGUGAGAAAGUACAAAAAACAAAUGGGCGAUACAAAUGAUAUAUCAAUUGUUACUGGUGGACUUCAGCAAUAUUUGAAUAAGAAGGCGCUAAAGAAAACAGAGACAAAUGAAGACCUCCAUCAGCAAAACUCUUUAUUCCAUAACUUACCACUGGACUGUAAGCUGCAUAUAUUUUCAUACUUAGGACCAGAAGAUCUGUGCAGGAUUAGUGCCGUGUGUAGAGAUUGGUAUUUUGUAAGUGAAGAUAGUAUUCUGUGGAAAGAGUUAAUGGAUAGAGAUGUAAAAGCAUGGAAUGUAAUUGGUCAUAAAACUAAUCCAGCCUUAUACCAAGAAGUUCAGUCUGACUGGUCUAAUAAAGAAAUAUACCUCAGAUGUUCUCCACAUAUCAACAAGUUGAUGCACAAAAAUGAUGCAGUGUUUAGUUUUACUGACUUUUUGAAAUAAUUUCUUCCAAAGAAGUCAUGGACACCAAAAAUAGCAAUGUUUGGACCAGGAUUGGAAUCUGAUUUGACCAGUGGUCUGGUUAGAAAAAUUUUAUACGAUCAUAAUGAACAUAUGGAAAGAACUGGUCUUGUGUCUGGACAAUUUGAAGGAGUGGGUUCUGGUUGGUGUUACAAACUGCCCAAUGGACAGACAUUCCAAUUAUCUGUUUUAUACUCAGCAUCAAAACAACAGCGUACACAAAAAUUAUGGAACAGAGUAGAAGGCAAUAAUCUCAUCCAAAUUAACAAGGACGAAGAAGGAGAAACAAUAGUUGAAUUAAAACCUGCUGUUCGUGACUUCUGUAGAAGCGUUGAUGCUUUUGUAUUUGUUGUGGAUGGUACAUCAUUAGAUAAUUUAAAGGCUGAUGAAAUCUAUGAACUAUCAGCAAUGUUAAAAGAAAGAUGGUCAGAUACUCACAUUCCACUACUGGUCAUGUCUUGUAUUCCAAACUCACUCAGUCCUAGAUUACCAUGUAUUAAAGUAGUAGAAGCUCUCAAUCUAGGCAACCUAAACCGACCAUGGCAGGUACGAGACUGUUUGGUAGAAAAUCUUGAAGGAGUUAUUGACAGCUUUUCAUGGUUAAUAGAACAAUCUCAAAGAAGAUGAUGCACAACCAAACUCAUUAUAAGUUGAUCAAGUUAAUUUGCUUGAUAGAAAUCAUGUAUUGUGCCAAAUUACCAGUACCUCAGAGAUGAAAGAUAUUGAUGUGAUUUGACAUUUCACCAAUACCUUUAUGUACUACACUGAACAUGUUUAAAGUGAAUGUAGUUUUUGGAUCCUGCAGAUGUGAUACCAAGAAAAACCAUUCUUAAUAUAUUUAUGUUUUUACA